AUGCUUUACUCAGGUAAACCUCGAUCAGAUUCGUUCAAGCUGCUUUCCCUUCCACGCCGGCGUGGCAGUCUUUCCUCCUUGACGAGUGCUCCAGCAGCCAAUCGGCUAGCCUACUCCAUUGCCAGUUCGUCCAUACGAAGGCCUGGCAGUGCUGGUCGCCCUGUUACGACUCUGGACAGUGGCCUUGGUACCAGUGCUGGAUCGUCUAUUCGACAAACAAAUACACUUGGCCGUCAUAACAUGACAGGCUCUGGCGCCGGGACUUCGAAUAGAAUGGGUCUUACGAGACAAGAGCGAAUUGUUUCAAAUGACGAGUCGAAACAAUCCGCUCAUCAUCAUCAGCAGCAGCAGAAACGAGCGCAUUUACAUCAGAGCAUUCCAUCAGGUCAAUUCCAUAAAACUGACUCUGACCGUCCUUCUGAAGAUAGGAGUAGGGAUAAGCAAGCCUGGGAUGUGGAAGAUGACCUCUCAAAAGAAGUAUGCAAGGUUAGAUACGUCUCUAUUCUUGACAGUCACCAGAGCUGUCUUGUCUUAGUCCAUCUGCCGACGGCAUUACUAACCUGA